AUGCGUUCCAGUCUAGUCUCCCGAGUGCUGCUGGUGCAGUUGGUAGCGUUGUUGUUGGUGGGUCUUGCGGUCGGAUCCCCGGCCCGACUCUUGAAACGACUCAACAGCAAUGAGCUGUCUCUCUGUGAUACUGACGAGUUCAUCUCGGACGUCUGCUAUCAGUGCAGCACGGCGCACGCCGCAGACUUUCUGAUGGUGUACAAGUUCUGCUGUUCCCCCGAGCGGAACGAGAUGAGGACCUACUGCUCCGGGAUCUACACCAAGCCACCGAAAAGGGGCGGGCUUUGGCUGUCGUAGACUCCGCCCAUCGUCGGUGAAGAGGCUAAGAGACCAGAGCUGUGUCGUUCCCGCGCUUGCAAUGAAUGAUUUACCUAGGCUAUCACCAUCCUGUCUCGGACUGAUUCCCAACGAUGUGGACACAACGACCUUCACCUUUGACCCGUUAUCACGGCUGCAGCCUGUCUGGCUGGUUGACUGAAUCAAAUUCAAGCGUAUCUAAAAAUAGAAACGUUGAGUUAACUUUCACCUUUGUGACACUAUAUAUUAUUUAUUGUAACGGUCAGAAGGUCUAGACAUGAGAUUUUUCAAAAGUUUCGUUUAGAAAGUUAUUGAAGCUUUACGCCCCAAGUCUAGUCAUUUACGUUCGUCUGCGGAAAAGGCAGUAUCUAAGCCAGUCAUUGCGUCCCCCGUGUGUGUGUGUGUGUUGUCUAACUCUAAGCCAUGACUUCUGAACAUAUCAAAAGAUGAAGUCUUUACUUGUGGAAGGUCGGAGAACACCAAGAGGUGAUUGCUAUGCCUUGAUCUUUUAUCAAUCUGUGGCCACUUGUAAAAAGGACAAAACUGGUUGAUGAAUUGCAAUUUUGCUGAUAUUGAUUAUUAUUAUUAUUAUAGUAUCUGUUGCUUUAGCCUCCUAUCCUUUUAGUAUUGUGUCAUUUCAUUUAGUCCAGCGAGCUUGACUGUUUUGUUGAACGAUUCCACAAUUAUUUAUUCCAA